AAAAGAUGAAUACAUUGAAAUACAGCGAAAUACAAGAUGAAACCCGUCUUCCUCACUAAAGCCCAACGUGAAGAAUUCGCAAAAACGACAACCACCGUGACAGUCUCAAACCUAAUUAAGAAAAAAUGAGGCAAAUCGAUCCAUGGCCUGUGUUUUUCCGUCGUGAAUGGAGAUUCCCCGUUGGUUUCGCUGUCACCAGCGCUAUCAUCACCAAGAUGUCCCUCGGUUUCACUAAGGAGGAUGCGAAGAAAUCCAAAUUUGCUUAGAGGCACAAGAAUUGAGUCUGCAUAUGCUCAGUCUUCUUGCUAAAUGGAGGCCACUUUAUCAGAGGAG